GCCUCACAAAAUGACGAGAAAAUCAAAAGUGAACGUAACAGAAUGGUCAGGAACUGAAUGAUCAACGGUGGUCCAAAUAAUUCGGAGUUCUCAUUGCUUGACAUCAGAGAUAUAUCCCCACCUAUUCCAUGAACAAGGAGUGUCUAGACCAUAAAUUCUCAAUACUGAUCAAUAGCACCUCCAACAAUAGCAUUCCUCUGGUUGUAGUUACUUGGGAUUACCAGGAUGCUACACAAAAAGCAUGGGAUGUUUUGUACAAUGAAAAACGGAGUGCCCUGGAUGCAAUAGAAGAAAGUUGCAGUCUCUGUGAAGCACAGAAGUGCAGGAAAACUGUAGGAUAUGGAGGCAGCCCAGAUGAAUCUGGGGAAACAACAUUAGACGCGUUAAUCAUGGACGGAGUUACAAUGGACGUAGGCGGUGUUGGUCUUCUAAGAAACGUGAAGAAUGCAAUUUCGGUAGCUCGUAAGGUUCUCCAAAACACCAAACAUUCGUUGCUAGGCGGAGAGCUGGCAACAAAGUUUGCCUUAGAAAUGGGAUUCGAAGAAGAAUCGUUGCAGACAGAAGAAUCCAAGAAGAUGUGGUCGGAUUGGAAAGACAAUAACUGCCAGCCGAAUUUCUGGAAGAAUGUGGCUCCAGACCCAAAGAAAAGUUGCGGUCCGUAUCAUUUCAUGACUGAAAUGGAAAACUCCAUCGAGGAACAUCAAUCGUACGUAAACGAGGAGAACCAUGACACAAUUGGGGUUCUCGCGAUAGAUACGAAUGGGCACAUAGCCGCGGGUACAUCGACUAACGGCGCGAGGAAUAAAAUUCCUGGCCGCAUUGGAGAUUCUCCGAUCGCAGGUGCUGGUGCAUACGCUGAUCAGAAAGUUGGCGCAGCUGCUGGUACCGGUGAGGGUGACAUUAUGAUGCGAUUUUUACCCAGUUUCCUGGCCGUGGAAGAGAUGCGUCGAGGUGCCAGUCCAACUGCAGCCGCUACCAUAGCAAUCCGUAGAAUUGCUGAGCAUUAUCCGACAUUCACUGGUGCUGUAAUUGCUUUAAACAAACACGGCGAGUACGGAGCUGCUUGCAAUGGCAUUACUCGCUUUGCACAUUAUAUUGCUAAUCCUCAAUUAGGAAAAGCAACAAUGAAAUAUGUGGAUUGCAUAGAUGCUCACUAUUAUGUUGUACAGAAUGCAAAAUGA